CCGCGGCCAAAGCAGGGGAAGGAACACAGCGCAUUGUUGGCGAGGAGAGGAAAGCUACGGCUGGGAAUCGGGCUGCGCGGCGGCAGCAGCAGCAGCAGCAGCAACAACAACAGCAGGAGCUGCAGUUGGAAUUGCAAUCUUUUAUUAUAUUUUUUUGCAUCGUUCUAGCCCGUGCAAGGAAGAGGCGAAGGAGAAGAGUUUGCUCUAUGCUGGGAGAGCUUUGUUGACUGGGUUUUGUCUCCCUCCCCUUCCCCUGCGGGAUCGGCUCGGAGCAAAAGAAGAAAGAGAGGGCGCGAGGCUGGCAAUGGCAGACCACAUGAUGGCCAUGAAUCAUGGGCGCUUCCCCGACGGGACCAAUGGGAUGCAUCACCACCCGGCGCAUCGAAUGGGCAUGGGCCAGUUCCCGACCCACCACCAUCAGCAGCAGCAGCAGCAUGCCUUCAGUGCCUUGAUGAGCGACCACAUACACUACGGCGGUGGGAAUAUGAGUGCAAACGCGGGGAUCCGGCAGCACGCCAUGGGGCCUGGGAAUGUCAGUGGUGGGCAUCCGCCGGGCCCUAUGCCCCCCACGGCGAGGUUUAGCAAUUCUCAGUUCAUGGCUCCGACGGUGGCUCCCCAAGCUGGGCCCUUGACGGCCAGCAUGCAGUUGCAAAAGCUCAACAAUCAGUACUUCAGCCACCACCCCUACCCUCACAACCACUACAUGCCGGACAUGCACCCUGCCAGCCAUCAGCUUAAUGGAGCUAACCAGCAUUUUAGGGACUGCAACCCGAAGCACAGCAACACCAGCGGCAGCACCAGCAGUGGCGCUGUGCCCACCUCGGUGCCCCACGUCCCUGCAGCAAUGCUGCCGCCCAAUGUCAUAGACACUGACUUCAUAGACGAGGAAGUCCUUAUGUCUUUAGUGGUGGAAAUGGGCUUGGAUCGUAUCAAGGAGCUGCCUGAGCUCUGGUUGGGACAGAAUGAGUUUGAUUUCAUGACAGACUUUGUUUGCAAACAGCAAUCCAGCCGAGUGAGCUGCUGACUUCUCGUGGAAACAGCAGAACACAGAAAGAAGGACUUUUUUAAUCUGUAUGAAUGAAAACAUUCCCUCUCGAACACAGUAUUUCAAAGGCUGUUAGGAGCUUGACUACCUGGGAAGCAGAGUAAAUGACAAACGUGUAUAAUUUCCCCCCUUUUUAAUUUGCUGCCACAUUUUUUAAAAACUCCCAUUUCUUCCCUCCCUUCCCUAGGAAUAAUUUAAACUGAUUGAGUCUUUAGCAUUUCCCUUUUUUCUCCUUUCUGUGGUCCGUUUUCUUCUUCUCUGGUAACUUACCAAUGGUUUCAAUUAUUAGAUAUAUUGGCAAAAUGCUUAAAUCUUGUGGAUUUUCUGUAGGCUAUCAUUUCAGAGGAUUAGAACUACAGUCAAAUUCCGACAAAAAUGCUACAUUAGUUGGUUGCAUGAACUUCAGGGUAGAUUCCUGCACAAAUACUGCCCUCUUGCUUUGUUUUUAACUAUGCAUUGCCGUGAUGCUAAUUUUUUGAGUCUGCUAACCUGGAAGCUUAACAAAUGUGGGCCAAACCCUUCCUGAUUAGGAAAAAAAUAAUAGUUACUUAAACUCUGCUGUUCUUGGAAAUCCCCCCACCCCCAUCUGUACAGACAAUAUAGUGUGAUUCAAAUGGUCUCUUAAUUGUUGGGAAAAUACUUCACUGGUUCUUAUUUUCUUUUAAUUCUGGUCCUUUCUUCAUCAUAUUUUUCUUCUGGCAUUGUGCUUACGUACCUUUUUAGCAUAUGGGGGAGAAAUUACUGUGUUGAAAGCUUUUUAGAAAUUUGACAGUAUUUUUGUACAAUUUUUUUAGGAGAUACUUGUUAAUUUAUUUUUAUUUUUAUUUGCCAAGAUCAAUAAAAAGUUAAGAAAUUUUUAUUUCCCCACCCACCCCCCUAGAUCUCAACUACCUGGAUUAUUUUCUGGUCUCUCCCCCCCCCCCCCCACCCACUAACCCACCCGCCCCAACUUCCACACACAUGUUUUAAUCCAUAUAACCCAUUUAACUUGUUGAACUGUUGGGUUGUGUGAAACUUUCUGAAGGAAAAUCUACUUGGCACCAUUGUUUGCUCUAUGUCACAAUCAGUGCAGAAGGUAAAAAGGAUUUAAGCCUAAUUAUGACAUCCAGUCUCAUAAGUAACAUUGUAACAUGCCUGUGUGAUUUUAUCAAAAAGUGGAGAAUUGCCAAGAGGCAACAACUUUGUGAUUUGCCAACUUACUUGCUUUUAAAUGUAGUUGUCCAGAAUUAUGAUGCAUAAAGUAUUUAUUCUAUUUAUCUAUUAAACUUUAAUUUUAUAAAUA